UAUUAACUAUUACUAUCGAUUGACAGGGACCCCAACAUGUUACCUUUCCUCCCUUACGAAUAUCUCAGUACCUAAACCUAUUGAUGAGCUCACACAUAACGUACUUGUAUCGAAUUAUUGAAAGCCACAUAAGUAGAUAAAAAACAACGACCGCCCUACUAGUCAAAAAAAUGUUUCGUGGAAUCAAGUUUGGUGCGAACGCUGCAAAGCAGGAUAAGCUGGAUAAAAAAGCGAAGAAAAAGGAGGAGAAGAAACGCAAGAAAAAGGAGAAGAAAGAACGAAAGAAGGACAAGUACAACAAUUAUUCAUCAAGGCAUGACAAAAAGAAAAAGAAGCGAGCACAGUCUUCUUCUUCUUCCGAGCAGGAGUCUUCCUCAGACGAUGCUGAGGCCUCCGACGAACAAGAGUAUCGCGGCAAAGCUGGGAGAAGAGAGCAGCAUAGAGAUCCGGAAAUAGAACGAGCAUUGCGUGCAGGAGAACGGUCCUCUGAUGACGAAGAAGGCGAUCAUCCUGGUGAUGAGAGAAGAGCAAGGGAGGACCGAGAUUCCUCCAGAGUUUCAAGAGCUGCAAGGAAUUAUCAUGAAGAAGAAGAAGAUCGACAAGAAAAUAUUAACGUGGCUACUUCCUCCGCUGCUACGUCCAAAGACACCGCUGGAGGAAAGGAAAAUGGCGCUUCCACCAACAAAGAAAAAGAAUCCGCACCACCACGAUCUGGUGGAGGUUUAGAUUUGUUUUCUGCUUUUGGAGCUGGCAUCACGGAUUUUGAGUCCCGUGACGACAGAAAAAAACGUGAGAGAGCAGAACAAAAAGCAGCAGAAGCUGGCGCAAACGGGCGGCGUCUGCUAGAUGAUCCGGUCGCACAUGAACGAGAGCUGAACCCAGCUGCUUACGAAAAGUCAGCUCAGGGGAUGACUACUGGAGGAAAUAACGAAGGGCAGCAAAGUAAGCCUGGAGGAGGUUGGAGUUUGCCUGCGCAUUUACGUGUAGGCGAUGGCGGUAAAGGGUGGCAAAAUCGCGCGGGCAAGCGUGGUAAGGAAGAACAACAAGACCCAGAACUCUUCAAGAAAGCUUUGCCAGUCAAACGCACUGGUGGUAAGAAGGGCAAGAAAGGCGGUUCAGGUGCUGAUUUAGUUGACGGCUUGAACGCAGACGGCUUGAUCGACCCGGACGAAGACUUAUCGCGUUACGAGUGGGGCGGUCGAUCCAACAACCGUGGAGGAGGAGGCGGAAAUAAGAGUAGAGGCAAAAGAGGCAAGCAAUUAUCUUCCUUAAAAUCUGAUGAAGCUGUGAUGAAUGCGGCUAGUACAGCGUCACAUUCAUUCGCUUCUGGCGCUUUUUCUGGAAGCCGAAAUGGAGGUAGUUCACGGAACGAGUAUGACGACAGUGAUAUCAUGGGCGGUGCUGGAGCAGUGCCAGGGGCCUCGUUUGGUGCUUCCAGAAGACUCAUGCCAACAUCAAGUGCACGUCACGGCGAUAGUGAAGACGAUGAAGAUGGAGGUUUUGCCGCUUUGCGACAGAAAUAUCAAGACGGUGACGGUACUAGAGGCAAAGGGAGUGGAGAAGGAAAUGCUAGAAGUAGGAGGAAUGAGCAAAGGGGUGGCUCUUCAUCUUCCUCUGGUCCAUCCGGGAGACGAUACGACGAUGAUCAGCAUAGAAGUGGUGGACAUGACACCACGACAUCCUCCACCUCAACGGGCAAAGGGAACUCUGCAACUAACGAGGCAAAUCUUGAUCGUAAUGUACUCCAGGCGAAGGCCUUGGAGGCGAUGAUGAAUGGCGAUGAUGCUGAGUACACACGGCUAACAGCGUUACUGCAAGAAGCGAAACCAAUGAUCGAGAGCACUGACAAAAAUGCAGAUAAUAACAAAGGUAAGGAUCAUGUCAAAGGAGGUAAGAAAGGCACAUCCAGAAAAGGUAAAGGAGAUUCAAAAGGUGAAAAUGGGAAGGACGAUGAAGCGAGUAGUGUCACAGACAUGCUACGUCGUGAGAAGAUGGGUGGCGAAGAUAACCACGAGCGCAUGUUUGUGGAUCACAUUCGAAAGCGUGGUCGCAAUUUUAUGGACGUUGGAGGACACGAUUACGAAGAGGAUGGGUCUUGGAAUGAUAAUUUCGUUGAGAAAAAGCGCAAACGCGGACAACCACCGCCAGAGCAGAAAGGAGGUAAAGGUGGGAAAAAUGGUUCCGCAGGAAAUUCCCUUAUGUCUCGCGACCGCCUUCUACACUUGCAGCGUUGUCAUCAUUGCUACGAAUCCUCGCGUUGGUCGUACGAAAAACUACUUAUCGCACAGUCAGACUUGGCCUAUCUGGCAUUUGAGAACAGCAAAGUGUCCUUUUUGGAGAACGAGAUGAUCAUCGCACCUUGGGAUCAUGUGAAUUCCCUCUCCUUAAACGAUAUGGACGAAGAUAGUUACCAAGAAAUGCGGAACUACAUGAAGGCGCUUGUUGCAUUUUUCAAUUGGAGAAACGAUCAGAAGAGAAACGAAGGCGAUCAGGAAGAAUUUCAAUCCCUAACUCCUCUCUUUAUCGAAACUCUGAUGGAAGUCCCCAGCCCAGACCGCCAGAGUCUUGGCGGUUCCGCUCAUUGUGUCGUCAGAGUGCUUCCUGUCCCGUCUGAUGCUAUUGGGGAACUGCAGAUUUACUUCCGGGAGGCCUUUCGAGAAGCAGUAGGGGAGUUUGAUAGGACACACAAGGCGCUGGUCGAAAUCCGCAACGGCAAUUUACGAAGUGGAGUCGUUGUUUCAGCGAGUGGGAGAGGUGGAAGUGCUAGUGCCAGCUCUGCAGGUGGGAACUCCUCAACAGCAGGCCUCCUAGGUCUCGGUUCCAUGUCUAGAGCAGCUGUCGCAAAGAGAUUUCCCUACGUUUUCGUCGAUUUCGGAAUGGAAAAAGGAUAUGUGCAUCCCGUGGACGAAAAGUUGAACAAGGAUUUUGUGAAGCACGUCUUGUGUGGCUGUCUAGACAUAGAUUUCCUCACCCACAAAGCUUACCCCGGAGGCGAGAAGCAAUUGGCACAAGCAAUGGCUUCUUUUAAGAAAGACUUUGAAGAAAGCGGGUGUGAUUGGACACAACAAGUCAAUCGGGAUGGAGCGGUGGAAGUGGAGGAAAAAUAGAUCAUGCUGAUGUCUAAUUCACCCGAUUCGUAGCUCAAUAUGCACGAAACAAAUUCAAAUUACUUGUACGUCUCCAGCAAUGAUUAGGUUCGCAAGUUUCCCCUGUUAAUAAGAACUUGAUGCCUCCUACGGCGUUUAUAUACAACGAACUCAAAGAAGUGAAAUAGCUCAUCUAUGAU